AUGAACCCAAUUCAACCUACGUUACCAGCAACGAUAGGGUCCGAGGAGUUAGUUCAGACGCUAUGGCGAUCCUUUUCCUCUAAUGACAGACUCUUCAACGGCGAUUCGGUUGGGGAGAUAGAUGACUCUGCCUACCGAGAGUACUAUGAGCGCCAAUGGGUUCUCAUAGCAGCUAAUUGCGACGGGAAAUUUGUUGCCUUGAAGGCACCAGAGGAUAUCAACCGGCUGGUUCAGCGAUUGCAAACGGAUAGGUCUCGAGAGGAUCUACUACUUGAGAUCCAGAAUAUUUGCGGCCGCGCAAAUUCCGACGGGGAGUGUGAAAGUUCUCUCGAUCUUGCUGCCAGGAUCCUGCUCAUGCUACGGAUCGGGACUGUUAAGGGUCAAUUCCUGCCUCGCCGACAUCUAGCCUGGAACAAUGGCACCCUACGAUGCCUCGUUAGGGCUCAUUUUACCGAAAAUCCGAGGAUGAAUUUCGACGCCGUCAAGCUUCCAAAGUCGUUCAACGGCUGGAGUCUUGAGAUGAUUGGUGGCAUCGAGAUCAGCUUUACUGACAACUUAGCCGAACAUUUGCUUGUGACUGAGGAUGAUUCCAAGGUAUUGGUGUUUUCUCACGUAUCUUUUCUUGAGUGUCAGAGGCUCAAAAAUCAAGAGUCCCUACUCCCUCGAGGUUUGGCUGAAGAGACCCUCCGAACUCUUGCCUUGUUGUUCCCCCAGUCAAUGAGUGUUUCAAGUGCCUCAAGGUCAUCGAAACACUCGUGGUUCCGUCAGCUCUGUGAUAGGCAGCACGACACUGUCGACAAAAGGCUGGGCAGAUGUGGAACUCUACACAUGGAAGACCGCCAGAUGGAGAAUUUCAAGUUCUGGAGAGACCGCAUUGUCAUUCUAAAGCAAGCAUAUGAUGAGACAACGCCGAGGACUUUAUCUCAGUUCUGGCACGAUAGACGAAAUGGUGUACAGUGGUACACUUUCUGGGUUGCUCUUUCGGUUUUGGCUCUGACUAUUGUCUUUGGAGUGGUUCAAUGCGUUGAGAGCGGAUAUCAAGCUUGGAAGACAUAGCUGAUGCUCAUCGGUGUGUAUGUAGCAAUGUAGUUCAAAUAAUUCCUAGUAUCGUCG